CCGCGGCGUGACGAGAUGGCCGUCUGCUCCGGCGGGCUCGUGCCGCCGCCCUUCGAUGCGCGCGCGGCUCGGCCGGGCGCGUUGGGCCCAUGGCCGCCCCGCGCGCGCGAUCCGCUGCCGCUGCUGCUGCUACGCCCGCCCGGAGCCCGCGCCGCCGCGGAGGCUCCUCCUGCUGCUCUCCAAGGCGUCCGCCGCCGACGGGAGCAAGCCCGCGUCCGCCGCCAGGGGACGCCGCCGCGUCGGCCUCACCGCCACGCCCUCGCCCCCGUCGUUCCCUUCCUCUCGUAUAGUUCUAGAAGGCAGCCCAAGCAGCACCAUUUCUAUCCACGGUGCACGCCCAGGGGGCCGGCCCCCCAGUCCCGCGACACCCCGCCCAAGAGAGACACUGGUAUUGCUAGUGAGAAGGAGUGGGGGAUCAACCUGCUGGAUGAAGCGGUCAAGGAGUCCGGUACCAGCGAAGAUGGAAGCACCUGGUACAGGGAGAGCGGCGAAGAUCUCGGGGAGAACGGGUACCGUUGCCGCUGGGCUAGGAUGGGUGGACAGACUCAUGAUGGUACCACUGAAUGGAAAGAGACUUGGUGGGAGAAAAGUGACUGGACUGGAUACAAAGAGCUAGGAGCUGAGAAAUCUGGGAAGAAUGCUGAGGGUGACUCUUGGUGGGAGAAGUGGAAAGAAGUUCUGCACCAAGAUGAAUGGAGCAAUCUUGCAAGACUCGAGAAGAGCGCAGAGAAGCAAGCUAAAUCAGGGAUAGAAAAUGCUGGGUGGUAUGAAAAAUGGUGGGAGAAAUAUGAUGCCAAGGGCUGGACCGAAAAAGGUGCGCAUAAAUAUGGAAGGUUAAAUGAGCAGUCCUGGUGGGAGAGGUGGGGUGAACAUUACGAUGGUCGUGGCUCUGUAUUGAAAUGGACAGACAAGUGGGCAGAGACAGAUUUAGGCACGAGAUGGGGAGAUAAAUGGGAAGAGAAAUUCUUUGCCGGAAUUGGUUCACGACAAGGGGAGACAUGGCAUGCUUCUCCUGGCGGUGACCGCUGGUCAAGGACUUGGGGAGAAGAGCACUUCGGUAAUGGGAAAGUUCAUAAGUACGGGAAGAGCACAACCGGCGAGAGCUGGGAUUUAGUUGUCGAGGAGGAGACAUACUACGAGGCGGACCCUCACUACGGGUGGGCGGACGUCGUCGGGGACUCGUCGCAGCUGCUGUCGAUACAGCCGGUGGAGAGGCCACCAGGGGUACGGGAGACGGCAUUGGCGUCCGGCGUGGAGACGUCGAGUCAGGGGGUUGCCGUUGGAAAUGGUCGCACCCAGCUGCUGGUCUUGGCCGCCAGCCCGCCGUUCAAACUUGGAAGUCCACACCGCAUUGACCUGUUUUUCUACUACUCGAGACGGCGCGUCGCCGCCAUGGCCACCGUCGUCAUCCCCUUCACCUGCCUCUGCGCCGGUAACGGCGUCGGCCAGUCGGACCACGCGCCCGUCUACACCGUGCAGCCGCAGGACGGGCUCUACGCCAUCGCCCGCGACUCCUUCGACGCCGUCGUCACCUACCAGGAGAUCGCCACCGCCAACAAGAUCGCCGACGUCAACCUCAUCAACGUCGGCCAGAAGCUCUGGAUCCCGCUGCCCUGCAGCUGCGACCCGGUCGGCGGCGCCGACGUGUUCCACCUCGCCCACAUCGUCAACGGCGGCGAGACCACCUCCGGCAUCGCCGCCACCUUCGGCGUCACCGAGGACACGCUGCUCAAGCUCAACAAUAUCGCCGACCCCAAGUCCCUCAAGAAGGACCAGGUCCUUGAUGUCCCGCUCCCUGUUUGCAGCUCAUCAAUCAGCAACAACUCGGCUGAUCAUAAUCUGCGCCUCCCGAACGGCACCUACGCGCUCACCGCGCAGGACUGCAUCCAGUGCAGCUGCAGUUCAAACACCUUCCAGCUAGAUUGCACACUGCAAGGAAAAAAGGGAUGCCCAGCAGUGCCACCGUGCAACGGAGGGCUCAAGCUUGGGGACACAAGCGGCGCCGGUUGCGACUCGACGAUGUGCGCUUACAGUGGUUAUUCCAACGGCUCUUCGUUCAGCAUACAGACCACUCUUUUCAAAAACCAGACAGCACCAGCAUGCGAGAAAGGAGGAUCUUCGAGGUCGGUGUUCGCGGGGUCCGUGUGGAGGAUAUCUGCCAUCUCCUUCCACAUGGUGUUGAUCUUGGUAUGCUUCCUUUGAUACCGAAGACUCCGACUCUAGCUGGUGUAUACGUCUUGAAGAAAACUCAAGAUCAAUUUGUCGAUCGAUGUGAUUGUUGUUGUUGUAACUUGAAAUUCCGAUGACCGGUUUGUCGAGCUUUUCGUUUUGACUAUCUUUCUAGAGAAUGAGUGGCACUAGCUGCCUGAAUAAAGCAAUGACAUGUGUAAGGUUUGCGUCUGGAAAUGAAUUGUAGUACUCAUUAGAUUGGGCAAUCGCAAUAAAACGUUACAAGAGUAAA